AUGGGCCCUCUCUCGAUUACGGCCAACAUCAUUGCGAUCCUCGAGCUGACCGCGACGCUCACGGGCUAUAUCCAUAACAUCAGACAUGCGACAAGAGAGCAAGCGAAGGUGGCGGUAGAGGCCAGCAAUCUUUACGGUCUCUUGACCAGCCUACGCUUUCGGGUGGAGGAAGCACGGUCCUACGAUCCAUGA